GGUAAUCCUAGACGGUAAUCUCAUGUGUAAAGAGUGAAAGGGCUCUGUGAAAUAUCUGAAUAUACGCAGGACAGCAGUUUUAUUUGGAUGUUUCCCUUGCAUACAGCCAUGGCUGAAAUACAGAUACUGCUGUGAAUGGAUACAUUUUAUAUGCACUGAUUUGCAACCCUAAAGUUGGCUGCCCUACGUUGCCGGGACAACCAAACCACACCUUGGAGUCGGAGGAAGGUAACUAGGAAGAGGGAACGGGAGAUAGUAGACAGAGUAAAAGACAAGGGAUCAAGAGGACACUUCUGCUUCAGAAUGGGUUAUGAUGUUGAGAGAUUUGUGGGCUAUGUUAAUGAGGGCUUGUUGUGUAGUGUGUGUCGGUGUGUGUGCGAGGAAGCUGUGAUGUCGCCCUGUGAGCAUGUUUUCUGCAGGGCUUGCAUCAGUGCCUGGCUGUCCCAGCACUCAACCUGCCCUGAGGAUCGCACUCACCUCACUCACACACAACUGCGGCCUCUCUACAGGUACAUGCGUAAUGACCUGAUGCAGCUCCAGAUUCGCUGUGUGUUCCAUGUACACGGCUGUGAUGUCAUCAGCGCACUCGAAUCCAUGCACACCCAUGAGGCAGAGUGUGACUACUCUCUACUGACCUGCAGAAACACAGCAGGGGGGAAGUACUUGUGUUACCGAUGUGGUUGUGAGGUUCAGGUGUGUCGUCGGGACCUUGAGGCUCACCUUAGUGUGUGUGAGUUUGGCAGCAGAGUGUGCUUAGGCCCAGACAAGGACACACACACAUGCAUCACUGAGCUCCGCACUGAGCUCACGCUGUUCAGGGCAGAGUGUGUGUGUAAAGUUGAAGAGCUGAGAUGUGAGAUGGAGUCGAGGCUGGAUUCCCAGCGUAGACACAUGGUGCAGAGAGAGAACAUACUGAAGAAUGAAGUGGAGGAACUAAAGGCCCAGCUUUCCUGUGUGAUGACUGAUGUAUGCGUGCUGCUGGCUGCGGAGCGUUCCCGUCGGCAGGAUCUGGAAAAGGCAGAGCUGGAGAAGGCAGAGCUCCUGGAGCUUCUGAAGGAGGGACACCGACAGUUCACAACCACAGCAGGGGACGGUCCCCGCAAGGCCGGCCCCCGAAGCCUCACUCUGGACUGCAUCAAGAGGAAGAGCAAAGAAGUCACAGUCAUCUAACACAGGACCUUUAAGAGUUCACACUGAUUAAACUCGCUCUAAAGAGCAAACAGCCAUCUUCCUGUCAAGACUGCAACAUAAA